UCAGUCAGUGUAGAAUAACUCAUUUUCAGACAAAAAAAGAAAACCCUAGAAAUUGAGAGAGGAGAAAAUGCAGGAGAAGAAAGAAGAAAUGGCUUCCACCAAAACUCCCAAAAAGACAAAUCUUUUGGAUCAUAAUUCUAUCAAACACCUGCUCGAUGAGUCAGUCACCGAGAUCGUGACGAGCAAAGGGUUUCCUGAAGAUAAUAGGAUGAGCAACAUUCGUUUGUUGAUUGGUGUGGUCAUCAUCGUCAUUGCACUUUUUGCCCAGUUUUACAACAAGAAGUUUCCCGAAAAUCGCAACUUCCUCCUCGGUUGCAUCGGAUUGUAUGUUGUAUUCAACGGGCUGUUACAACUCAUCAUAUACAUGAAGGAGAAGAAUGCCAUACUAUUCACCUAUGCUCCAUCCGGAUCUUUCAACUCGACAGGGUUAAUUGUAACUUCUAAGCUGCCAAGAUUCUCAGAUAUGUAUACCCUUAUCAUAGCAAGUGCAGAUCCCCAGUCGAUAUCUGCAAAAGCACCGGUUGAAUUCACCAAAAGCGUGACUCAGUGGUUCACCAAGGAUGGAGUUUUGGUGGAGGGACUUUUCUGGAAGGAUGUUGAAGGACUGAUAAACGAAUAUGCAAAAGAAACUAAAAAGAGCAAAUAGAGAGUUUGUUAAAACUUGCAUUUAUAUUAUGGUGAGUCAUUCUUGGGAGAACGAUACAUAUGCAGAACUACUAGUUUAUGGUAACUGAAACUAAUUUUACUCUCUUGUAUCGACUUUAUUUUUAAUUGAAUAUCAUUGAAUUUAUCCUGGAUAACUUUUGGGGAGAAUUUGGGUGUUAUAUCUGUGGUUUGCAUUGGCCUAGUUGAUGAUGAUAUUCUAAGUACCUUUCUUUUU